AUGUCCACCCAGGUCCACGUCUCGGAUCACCCCCUCAUCGCCACCCAGCUGACACGACUGCGGCUGCACGACCUGCCGCCCGCCGAGUUCCGGCACUGUGUCAAGGCCAUCUCUUCAAUGCUCAUGUACGAAGCCGCUCGCGAUGUGCCCCUCGCCGACGUGCCAGAUCUCCGCUCCCCCAUUGCGGCAUUCACGGGCAAGGCGAUCGGCACACGUAUCGGCCUCUCGCCCGUUCUCCGUGCCGGAAUUGGCAUGACGGACGCGGCGCUGGAUGUCUUCCCAGAGGCGACUGUCCUGCAUCUCGGCCUCUUCCGUGACAAGACGUCGCUUCAGGCGAUUGAGUACUACUCUAAGCUUCCGCGCGUGCCCACGGCGGACCUUGUAUACGUCCUCGAUCCCCUCGUGGCGACCGGCGGAACCGCUGUCGCUGCCAUUGGGAUGCUGACUGAAUGGGGCCUUGCGCCUUCGCAGAUCAAGCUUGUCAGCGUCCUCGGCUCCAAGGUUGGCGUCGAACACGUCACCACAGAGUUCCCUGAGGUCGAGGGCUACAUCUCGCCAGGCCUCGGCGACGCUGGCGACCGAAUGUUCAACACCUAA